AUGGUUUUUAGUAUCAACAACACGUUAAACAGUCCUACAAUAAAACACGAAGCCGAUAUAUUGAAUGGCUGGAGAUUCAAGUCCAUUGUUGAAAUUGAAGAAAAUUGGCCCUUUGAUUUGCCGACUUCUGCCAUUGACGAAAUAAAUAAACAAAAUGUUCAUACUACAGGCGGAUGCAACGAAGAGGACAAGACUUCAAAAUACAGAGACGACACAAAUUGCCGUAAUAUUAACACAAUAAAAUUAAAGAAGACAAAAUCAAAGAAAAUUUUAAAUGCACCACAUGCGUUCGAGUGUAAUGAGUGUCAAAAAAAAUUUACCGCCAAAAGUCAAGUUGUCCUUCAUUUUGCAAAAUCAAGUACAUGUGGUUCCAACGUGAAGCAUUCAAAUCGAAAAAGAACAGGUAAAAACUCAAACAGCAGUAAUGUGAAUACUAGAAACGACAUAAACCGUUUUUGUUGUGACGUCUGUUUAAAAUAUUUCUCAUAUAGAUCUCAAUUAGUAUGGCAUGGUCGCGUGCAUACAGGGGAAACACCUUUCAAAUGUAGAGUCUGUGCGAAAUCAUUCACCCGAAACACUAACCUCAAGAUUCAUGAGCGCGUACAUACUGGCGAGAAGCCCUUCAAAUGUACAGUUUGCAAUAAAACAUUUAGCCAAAACAACAACCUCAAGAGACAUGAACUUGUGCAUAAAGGAAAAAACCGUUUCAAAUGUAGAGCCUGUGCAAAAUCUUUCUCCACAAACGGAAACCUCAAGACACAAGAGCGCGUACAUACAGAAGAAAACCCUUUCAAAUGUUGUUUCUGCAAAAAAAGUUUUAGCCAAAUGUCUACUCUCAAGUCACACGAGCCCAUUAACACCGGAGAGGCACUGUACAAGUGUAGCGUCUGCGAAAAAAUUUAUUACAAUUUCGCCCACAUGAAAAUACACGAGCGUGUUCACACAGGUGAAAAGCCUUAAAAUGUCAAGUGUGUAAAAAAUACUUAAAACAUAAACGUUCUUUCUUAU